AUGUAUGCCAUGAAUCUGUCCUUCCCAUUGGACAAGCUAUGGCCGAAAGCGAAUUUCCGCAAUCAUCCAAUCCAAAAUGCAUAUAGCACUUUUUCGACCACACAAAAUUCAAACGGUAAUGAGUCCUAUAUGGCAGGUUUAAGUGGCACUUUACUGAAAGAUCGUAAUUUAAGUUAUAGCAUCAAUCAGGGACAAGUCAGUAAGCAAGGUGAUAUUGGUUCAGUCAGCCUAAAUUACAAUGGUAGUUACGGUACGGUAGGUGCAGGUUAUAGCUACGAAAAGAACUCAAAUCAAUUUACCUAUAACGCAUCUGGCGGUAUUUUAGCGCACCGUGAUGGUAUUACCUUUGGUCAGCCUUUAGGUAGCACCUCAAUUUUGGUUAAAGCACCCGGCGCCAAAGGUGUAAAUAUCGAAAACUAUACCGGCGUUAAAACCGAUUGGCGUGGAUAUGCCAUCGUUCCUUAUGCCACUGAGUAUCGUGCCAAUCGUGUUGCACUCAAUUCAAAUACUUUCAGUAAUAAUCUCGAAAUCAGCAAUAACGUUGAAAAUGUCGUCCCAAUCAAAGGGGCAAUUGCCAGAGCAACGUUUAACACCAGUUUAGGUGUACGAGCACUCAUCACCUUAUCCCAUAACGGCAAGUUUAUACCGUAUGCAAGUAGUGUGAUCGAAAAGGAAAGUUCAGCCACCAGCAUCGUUGCAGACGAUGGCCGGGUUUAUUUAACUGGGCUUCCGCUCAAAGGUACUCUGGAAGUGAAUUGGGGCGAAUCUGCUGAAGGAAAAUGUUUGGCAAACUACGAUAUUUCAGACAUGGACCUCAGCAAACCCGUUAUUCAAUUUGAUCUUGAAUGUCAAUAA